AUGAGCGAACCCAUGGAGGUGGAAGUUGAGCCCAAAAUUGAAAACAAACCCACCAAGAAACUAAUUAAUAAGGACAAAAAGAAAUUUGAAGUUAAAAAAUGGACAGCUGUAGCAUUUUGGAGUUGGGAUAUUCAGGUCGAGACAUGUUCGAUUUGUAGAAAUCACUUGAUGGAACAAUGUAUCGAAUGUCAACCAAAUAGUAUGGGGAAUUCAUCUGAAGAAUGUAUAGCUGCUUGGGGUGAUUGCAAUCAUGCUUUCCAUUUUCAUUGUAUUUCAAGAUGGUUGAAGACUAGAAAUGUGUGUCCAUUAGAUAAUCGAGAAUGGAAUUAUCAAAAAUACGGUAAAUGA